AGUACUUCUACCUUGCAAGAGCCACCCACAUGAAAUUUUCUUCACUUGCCCCCAGUUAUUUAAUCUUGCUGUCGCUUUAUUAUUGCCACCUGCCUCUCUCCGAUCUCGGCCCCACCAUCCUCCUCCCGCGCUUACCAUGCCUCAACAGCACAAAGUGGUGGUGACACGACAGCUUAUCGAACCAGCACAGAAGCUCUUAGUAGCAGACCCAGAUUUAGAAAUCGUACAAUGGCCAUCGGAACAACCUUGCGACCGAUCUUGGCUUCUCGAGCACUCAAAAGGGGCUUCAGGAAUUCUACUUAUGCUAUCGGAUAAGUGCGACGAGGAGCUUCUAGAUGCUGCUGGCGACGGCUUAAGGGUGAUAGCAUCUUUUUCAGUCGGCACUGACCAUGUCGACCGAGAUGCGCUGAAGAAACGGAAUAUCCGGUUGGGUUACACACCUACCUGUUUGACCGAUGCUGUCGCGGAUCUGACGGUGAUGCUCAUUCUCAUGGCACAACGAAGAGGAGGCGAGGCAAUGGCGAAGGUACUCACAGGUCAAUGGCCGCAAAUGCCCUGGUCUCCUCUGCUAAUGACGGGUCCUCAAAUCCGUGGUUCAACUGUCGGGUUUCUUGGAUUUGGUCGGAUUGCACAAGCUACUCUCAAACGUCUUCUCCCUUUCGGUAUCGGCAAAGCCAUCUAUCUCACAUCUAAGCCCGGGCAGCCUGUCCAGGACGAUCACUACAGAGUAGUACGAGAUGGCUCAAUCCCAAUAUCGCCGGUACUGGACUGGAAGGAGUUGGCUAAAGAGAGCGACGUUGUGAUCGUUGGAUGUGCCUUGACCCCAAGCACAAAGCAUUUGGUGAACGCUGAAUUCUUCCACCAGAUGAAAAAGCUUGCAGUGAUUGUCAAUAUUGCUCGUGGUCCAGUCAUCGAUACGGAUGCCUUAGUUUCUGCCCUUGACGAAGGGCAAAUCUUCGGUGCCGGGUUAGACGUCGUCGAGAAUGAACCAAACAUUCAGGCAGACCACCCACUCCUCAAACAACCGCGGUGUGUUUUACUGCCACAUGUCGGGUCCGCAACAAUCGAGACGAGAGAGCAAAUGGCGACGGAAUCAGUCAAGAAUCUUCUGGCUGGUCUGAAGGAAGAUGCCAUGGUUAACGAGGUUGAGCUCUGA